UGAAACAGAAUCAAUAAAACAAAAUGAUGCAGAGUUCAGUUCUAUGGCCAAGCAUGCUACACGUUCACAACCUCCUGGUUUUAUGAAAAUUAGAAAGAGGCCAGAAAUAAUGAUGCCAGGAAGGUGGAAUUACCGGACUAUCAUUAAACCACCUCAAAUAGAGUCUGAUUCUGUUCCUAAUAGUGACACCAAAGUUAACAGCAAGGAGCCACAUAUUGAGCAUAAUCAAUUCAAGGUGCAAUUCAAUAUUCCUUCAAGGAAAGUCAUUCACAUGAACAGACCAACGCCUAAGCCUGCACUCAUAACAGAAAAAUUCACAGUUAUUUCAACAUUACCCACUACCACCACAACUAGUGAAACACGUAAUCAACCCUUUAUUAUUCCUUCACCUUCUGAAGUAGACAUCAAUAUGAACUUCCCAAUUACAACCUCAAGAACUGAGAUCCAAGAAAUCAAAAGUGUAUUGUUUCCGACUCGUCGUGCCUCUCAUGUGGAAAGCAAAAAAGAAAACGAAGAGAAGGAUGAAAUAGAAACAUAUACCACAACCCCAAUACACCUUCAUAGUACAACAGUAAGUACCACUACUGCAGAUGAAACAACUACUGCAUUUAGAAAAACUCCGAUAUAUAAUUCCAUCCAGCGCCUGCGAAACAUGAUGGCUAACAAAAGAAAAAAUCUAUCACAAACAACACCAGCAAAUGUCAUUUUAUCUACUGAAAGUGUGCAAAUAAAGCAAGCAGAAAAAUUCAUGACCAACAUUUCAACAACUAUCACACCAAGAAAAUAUGGGAUGACACCCAGAACAAGUACACCAUCUUCUACAGUAGGCAAAUCAAUGAAAUUAUCAGCUUCAAGGGCAAACUUUAGAUCCUUCAGUGCAUACAAAACUCACCCAGUAAACAGGGAGUUGACUUCAUCAACUAUGGCAGCAUUACAUCAUCCUAUUAAAACAACCAAGGAACCAAUGCAAAUCACAACACUUACACCCAGGUCAACAGUAGUGCUAAAAUUGGAAAAAAUUGACAAUGAAAAUGAAGGUAGUGGCUCCUCUUCACCAGAGUGGUAUCAGCCUAUUCAAGAAAAGUUUCUUAUUGAUCAUCCUGAAAUGAUAAAUUUUUACAAGUGGGAGUCCAGCCGUGUCGACACCUCAGAUGAAAAUGAUGAUUCAGGUCAUCACGAUGUUCAGAAUUACAGCCAAGGAGAGACAGAAAUGAUUUUGGCAGAAGCGUCUAAUGUAUUUCCAGUAACAGUGAAAUCAUUCUGGCAACCCUUCAAAGCUGAUGAAUCAAGUGAAUCAAGGCAUCCAGAAGGUCCUCCUGGUGGGCAGCUUGUGCUUACAUCAAAUUAUACCUCCAUUGCAAGAAGCACACCAUCUAAGAUACAUGAAGUAACAACCUCAGACUACAGCAACAAUUCAUGGACCCCCCUCAAGAAAAGUGAAGGUCAGGGAGAAAAUCCCCAUAGCCACAUCCUCUACUCUACAUAAAAAAUUAUCAAGACUUUGUGAAACAGAUGAAAUUUUGAUAACAACAUGCAACAAACAUUAUGAUACCAAUUAAAUAUAUAUUAAGCAAGUACUGUACUAGCAUCUCCUUUCAUGAUGUAGGCUCAAAAAAAAAAAAAAAAUAUAUAUAUAUAUUUUUUAAUAUUAAUUUAUCAAUUCAUAUUUUUUCCAGCGUCAAAAAUUCUAAUAAUUAUAUGUAUAUUCUUCAUAUUUUAUGUAUAACGUGCAUUGUGUUGAAUAUCAGACAGUCAAUGAGUGACUGCCACCAAAUUUUAUGUACAGUUAUAUAAAUCACUCAACCAUUAAGAAUAUCUGCACCAAACUUGCAUUAUUUCAUGUAUAUUCUGUUUUACUAUUUUCAAAUUGUGAUUACAACUUAGUACUAUAGGUAUACAUUAAUUCCUAAAAUAUUUAGAGUCACCGAGUCAAAAUAACCAUGUUAAAAAUUACUUUUUAAUUUCACUUGUCAUCAAUCCAACAUCCAUUUUAACCCUUAAACUGUCCAAACGUAGAUCUACGUUUUUUCAACAUUUGAAAGUAUGUAACAAAACGUAGACCUUUUUUUUUUACAUUUGAAAACGUGUAAAAAAAACUUUGAUCUACUUUUUUGUUAUAUAUGAAAAUAUGUAAAAAAUGUAGAUCUACUUUUGGAGCACUACGCAUGUGAAAGCAAUUUGUUUGGACAGUUUAAGGGUUAAGAAAUCAUGACUUAUACAAAAUGAUUAGAAAAAAAAAAUGAGUAUGCUUUGUCGAAGGGUUUCACAAUUUUGUUUUCCCCUGUUCUUGUAAAUACUGUAGUAUAAUCAUGAAAUUAUAUGGUGGCUGGUCCAUCAAUUGAAUGCAUGAGUGUAGAAUAAAUUCUAUAGAUUGUUUAUACAUAUUGUACUGUAUUGUAUCUAGUGUAGCUGAUUUACUUGUGACAAGACUUCACAAAGUAACAAAAUGUAAAAAAAGUUCAUGAACAAUAAUAAAAAUGAGAUAGGAAUUCACAUGGAGACAAACAUGGAAUAAAAGUAAUCUUCAUUAUCUCCAACUGAGGUCCCUUCAGCAGAUCUGCUUAAGAGGACAUCAGUUGACAAUCAAAAUAUACAAGCAACUAUUAUUCACUUUCUUUCUCCACGUAAACUCCUCUCAUUAAUACAUGCUCAUUCCAUUUGUCUCAUUUCAACUUUUAUAUCAUUUAUCUCAUCACGUCCAUUAAGCAAAACACUUUCUUAUUUUGAAUUAAUCAGCCCAUAUCUUCAUACACUAAUUUAUUGUAUAAAAAUUAAAUAAUGUAAUUCUAAAACAUUUACAAAGAACAAUGUUUACCGUGCUCACAAAUGUUUUGCUUUACAUUAUCUUAUGCACCUAUAAUACAGUGAACAAAAUGUACUAGCAUACUGUAGAGAGAGCUGGAAUUACCUACACUGAGUCUUAAGACUGAAAUUUAAUUAUGUUUGUAGGGUAAGACUGGCAGGGCGCUCUUCAUCAUGAGUGUCAAUGAGCAGGUGUUAUUAUUACGAGGUUCAAUGUAAUACCUUUUUUCAUUAAAAUUUGUAAUUCUAAAUGUACAGAAGGGCCACGGUUAUACAGCAGGUUAGGUUCUGGGCUACUGCUGUAAAGUGAAUCAUAACUUUUUUCUCUUUCAAAUGCAUACAAAAGCUUGAUAACAUGUUUACACUAUCAUUUACAUGUAUUAAGUUAGUAGUAUAGCAAGGCCUAAAAAUGAAUAUACAGUACACAUAUUACUUAUCUUAAAAUAUUCCUGUCCUUAGCUUAUAGUGAGUGGUGAAUAUAUUUAUUGUAGGAAGUCUGAAUAAAUGGAGAGUGGGUACAAUUGAAAAA